AGAGUACCUACCUACAUUAAAUUAACAUUGUUCUGCUUCUUUUCGUGUGCGCUUACCUGUGGCUUUUUUGACUACUGUGUUCACUACUUUAAUUUUAUAAUUGAGUAGGAACGAAAUAAGAUCUACCUAGUUGACAAGUUGAAAUGACGUCCGCCUCAUCAAGCAGCGCCCGUUCUCUGUUCGCGGAGUCCAAACAGCGACUUGCUGAGCGCGUCCAAGUCAAUAUAAAUAACAUUUCAUCAUUAGCACGGCAGAUACACAGGGGCUCCAAAUCGAAUGAAUUGUUAUCAGCAGCACGGGAGAUGGCAGGUUUGGAAGCGCUGAUGGAGAGCAGCGAAGAGAACCUAAAAAAGAUGCAACUGAUUGCUGUACAUAUGGGCUACCAGUUUGAGAACAUCCACCAAUCUGCACAAAUGCUCACCGAGAUUAAAGAGAAAGUAUCUUCUAUGCAAAGAUGACAGGCGUCUCCUGAUUAUGAGUAAUUUGAAUUUGAAGCAUUUCAACCUCUGCAACCGCACGUCAAUUUUACAAAUUUUAACAAAGACAAAUUUAAGUUUUACUCUCUGACUUUAAAAUCAUUAAUCUGUACUGUGGUCAAUGUCAAUUUUAUGAAUUAUUGAUUUUGAAAAUGACUCCUGCCCCAGAAAAAUUUACGGAUCAUAAUGAUGCGGCCGUAGUGGUCGAAAUACUCUGAGAUUCACCCAAUCACUG